AUGGUGGUGCUAUUCUUCUUUGCCUUAAACUGGAUGCUGGAGGGAGCCCUUUCCCAGCUUCACUACACGGUGCAGGAAGAACAGGAACAUGGCACUUUCGUGGGAAAUAUUGCCGAAGAUUUGGGCUUGGACAUUACAAAACUUUCCGCUCGUCGCUUCCAGACGGUGCCUAAUUCGCGAAGCCCUUAUCUGGAUCUCAAUCUGGAAACCGGGGUGCUCUAUGUGAGUGAAAAGAUCGACCGGGAGCAAAUCUGCAAGCAAAGUCCGUCCUGCCAGUUGCACCUAGAGGUUUUCUUGGAAAACCCGCUGGAGCUGUUCCGCGUCGAGAUCGAAGUGCUGGACAUCAACGACAACCCGCCUGCUUUCCCGGAGCCCGACCUGACCGUCGAGAUCUCGGAGAGCGCCACGCCGGGCACCCGUUUCCCCUUAGAAAGCGCCUUCGAUCCAGACGUGGGGACUAAUUCGUUGCGCACCUAUGAGAUCACCCCCAACAGCUACUUCUCCCUGGACGUCCAGACACAACCUGAUGGCAAUCGCUUCGCCGAACUAGUGCUGUCCAAGUCCUUGGACCGAGAGCAGCAGGCGGUGCACCGCUACGUGCUCACGGCCGUGGAUGGUGGGCAGCCGCAGCAGCGGACCGGCACGGCCCUGCUCACUAUUCGAGUCCUGGAUUCCAACGAUAACGUGCCCGCCUUUGAACAGCCCGUCUAUACUGUCUCCCUGCCGGAGAACUCGCCGCCCGGUACCCUGGUGCUACAGCUCAACGCCAGCGACCCGGACGAAGGCCAGAAUGGCGAGAUCAUCUAUUCGUUCAGCAGUCACAUCUCUGCCCGGGCGCGAGAACUCUUCGGCAUCUCCCCACGGACCGGCCGGUUGGAAGUCAACGGCGAACUGGACUACGAGGAGAGUGGCGUGUAUCAGGUGUACGUCCAAGCCAAGGAUCUGGGGCCCAACGCCGUGCCUGCUCACUGUAAGGUGCUGGUGCGGGUGCUGGACGCGAACGACAACGCUCCCGAGAUCAGUUUCUCCACCGUCAAAGAAGCGGUGAGCGAGGCGGCGGCUUCGGGCACGGUCGUGGCUCUCUUCAGCGUCUCGGAUCGAGAUUCGGAGGAGAACGGGCAAGUACAGUGUGAGCUGCUGCAAGGCGACGCGCCUUUCCGCCUGAAAAGCUCCUUCAAGAACUACUACACCAUUGUCACCGAGGGGGCCCUGGACCGAGAGCAGCCCGGCGGCGACGCCUACACUUUAACCGUGGUGGCGCGGGACAUGGGGGAGCCGGCUCUGACCACCAGCAAGUCCAUCCAGGUGCGGGUCAGCGAUGUGAACGACAACGCGCCCCGCUUCUCGCAACCCGUUUACCAGGUGUACGUGAGCGAAAACAACGUGCCCGGAGCCUACAUUUAUGCCGUCAGCGCCGCGGACCGGGACCAGGGCGCCAACGCGCAGUUAGCCUAUUCCAUCUUGGAGAGCCAGAUCCAGGGCAUGUCGGUCUUCACCUACGUCUCCAUCAACUCCGAGAACGGCUUCCUCUACGCGCUGCGCUCCUUCGACUACGAGCAGCUCAAAGAGUUCAGCUUCCAAGUGGAAGCCCGCGACGCGGCCGGCGGGGGCGAGGAACCCAACGGCGAGGAAGCGCUCGCCGGCAACGCCACCGUCAACAUUGUGGUGGUGGACCAGAACGACAACGCGCCGGCCAUCGUCAGCCCGCUGCCCGGCCGCAACGGCACGCCGGCGCGAGAGGUCCUGCCCCGAGGCGCCGAGCCGGGCUACUUGGUCUCCCGCGUGGCGGCGGUGGAUGCGGACGACGGCGAAAACGCGCGUCUCACCUACAGCAUCGCUCGGGGCAACGAGGCUAGCCUCUUCCGCAUGGACUGGCGCACCGGCGAGUUGCGUACGGCGCGCAAAGUGCCCGCCAAGCGUGACCCGCAGCGACCCUACGAGCUGGUCAUCGAGGUCCGCGACCACGGGCAGCCCCCGCUUUCUUCCACCGCCGCCCUCCACGUGGUCUUGGUGGACGGCGCAGUGGAGCGCCAGGGGGCGGGGGCGGGCGGGGGCGGGGGAGGAGGGGGCGCUGGGGGGCUAGUUCCUGGGGGCGCAGGAGGUCCGGGUGGAGAGCAUCGGCCCAGCCGCUCGGGCGGGGCCAGCAGCGCCGACACCUCCCUGGAUCUGACUCUGAUCCUCAUUAUUGCCUUGGGGUCGGUGUCUUUCAUCUUCCUGUUGGCUAUGAUCGUACUGGCCGUCCGUUGCCAGAAGGAGAAGAAGCUCAACAUCUACACGUGUUUGGCCAGUGACUGUUGCCUGAGCUGCUGUUGCUGUUGUUCUUGCUGCAGCCGCCAGGCGCGAGCCCGCAAGAAGAAGCUCAGCAAAUCGGAUAUCAUGCUGGUCCAGAGCUCCAAUGUCCCCAGCAACCCAGUACAGGUGCCUGUAGAAGAGUCGGCAAGCUUUAGUUCCCACCACCACAACCAGAACUAUUGCUAUCAGGUUUGUCUCACACCUGAGUCAGCCAAGACCGAUCUGAUGUUCCUCAAGCCUUGCAGCCCUUCCCGCAGCAUAGAGGCGGAGCACAACCCUUGCGGAGCCAUCGUCACGGGAUACACCGACCAGCAGCCAGACAUCAUCUCGAAUGGCAGUAUAUUGUCUAGUGAGACAAAACAUCAACGUACAGAGCUCAGUUAUCUAGUUGACAGACCUCGGCGUGUAAACAGUUCUGCAUUCCAGGAAGCAGACAUAGUAAGUUCUAAGGACAGUGGUCAUGGAGACAGUGAACAAGGAGACAGCGAUCAUGAUGCCACUAAUCGAGGUCAAUCCACUGGCAUGGAUCUCUUCUCUAAUUGUACAGAGGAAUGUAAAGCAUUGGGUCACUCAGAUCGGUGUUGGAUGCCCUCUUUUGUCCCUUCUGAUGGACGGCAGGCUGCGGAUUACCGCAGCAAUCUUCAUGUACCUGGAAUGGACUCUGUUCCAGACACCGAAGUGUUUGAAACACCAGAAGCCCAGCCAGGGGCAGAGAGAUCUUUCUCCACCUUUGGCAAAGAGAAGGCCCUUCACAGCACCCUGGAGAGGAAAGAACUGGAUGGACUGCUGUCUAAUACACGAGCGCCUUACAAACCACCAUAUUUGAGCAACACAGAAGAUGCUGCAUAG